AUGUCGGACAAGCCCGUAGUCCUGCUCACCGGAGCAUCGCGCGGUCUGGGACUGGCGAUUCUCAAACUCCUGCUGAGUGGCUCGACCUCUGCCAGUGCCGCUUUCCCCGCCUCGCGCGUCGUGACCAUCUCGCGCAGUCUGCCGGAGGAGCUCUCUUCUCUCCAAGCUCAACACUCAUCGGACCUGGUUUGCGUUCAGGGCGACGUGACAUCGAGCGAUGUCAACGCAGAUGCGGUCUCGAAGGCCGUGUCGAAGUUCGGACGGUUGGACAGCGUAGUGCUCAAUGCCGGGGUGGUGUCAACCCAACGACUGGCAGAUCUCUCCCCCAAGGACUUUGCCGACAUGCUCAACGUCAACACUGUCUCCCUCAUCACCACGCUCACUGCGUCCCUCCCGGAGUUGAGGAAGAGCAAGCUGGGCACCGUUGUGUUCGUCUCCUCGGGCGCUGCAACGGGCAACAUUGCCGGUUGGACCGCGUACAACGCCUCCAAAGCGGCGAUGAACGCUAUCGCUCGAACGCUCGCUAAUGAAGAAGAGGGCAUAGCGGCCUUUGCGGUUCGACCCGGCGUGGUGGAUACGGAUAUGCAAACUCUGCUGCGCGGGGCAGGGAAAGAUGCAAUGAAGCCACAGGAGGUAGAGAGGUUCGUGACGCUGCACAAGGAGGGAAAGUUGCUCAGGCCCGAACAGCCCGCGUUCAGUAUCGCUGCGUUGGCAACCAAGGGGACGAGGGACGAACCCAAGGGGAAGGAUGGCAAAGGGUUGGGUGGCCAGGGUGCCUUUGUUACCUGGAACGAGGACGUGCUGGAGGGGUACAAGAACGAGUAG